GUUUGAUGUUCACCUUCCUUUUUUUUUAUCCGUUUUUCGAAUCUUCAUUCUUCAUCCUUCCUCUAAAUCCGGAAUUGUAACCUAGGAUUAUCCAGGAAAAAUAAAUAUUGUUUUUAUUGGUUUCUGGUGUUUUGUAGUUCCAACACGAUGGCUGACGAGAAUGAAUCGAGAGUUAACAUCCAUUUGGACGUAAAUAAUGGAUUGGAGAGAGUAACUGAAUUGAUAGAAACCAGACUUGUUGAGAGUGGCUGGAAAGAUGAAGUACGUUUAGCUUGCCAGAAACUUCUUAUUGAAAAUAAGGAUUCCAAAGUCGAUGACUUGAUUGAAGUGUUGACACCCAAAGCCAGAGCAAUGGUCCCAGAUUCUGUGAAAAAAGAUCUAUUGAACGAAAUCACAGCCAUUUUGUCAAAUAUGGAAAAGGCUGGAUACACCAAGACUUUAGAGAAUAAGUAAAAAUUGGUCUAGUACAGUACAGUAUGAUCAUUAAUCUUCAAAAAAUAUAUAUAUGUAUUCUCUAGAGUUAAGUGAUCAAAGUACAUAUUAUUCAGUAAUAUGUACGCUUGAUGUGUUUCCAUACUAAUUGUUUAAAUAAAAUCUCAUAAUUUGUUUUAAAGAUUUUGUUUUACAAUAAAUAAUUGUCCAAAUUAGGUAUGUUAAUCUUCUCAACUUUUGCAUCAUUUAGAUUUCAAUGGUGUUUUGAUUCCUGAUAAACGUAUAUGUAUGCAAUAGAUGAUAAAGUUUUCGAAAAAUUCCUAUUACUUUCAAAUGUACAAUUUGAAACUUUUAUUAAAUGUUUUUGUAUUAACU